AUGUCUGAUGUAAACACUCAGAUCGAGAAACAUUUCAAUGUACUUGUACCUAAAUUAGCUAAUCAUCUUAGAGAUGAUUUCGAUAAAUUUGAAUACGAGUUGAAACAACCUGAAGAUAGUAUCUUUGCCUCUGUUCACAAUGAAAUUAUGUUUUAUCGUAAUUUUGCUACAGAGAACGAUAAUUAUCCAAAAUGUAUUUACAUCGAUGUCGGUGAAUCGUAUCAAACAACGUUGAUCUUGGAAGAUGUAUCUCAUCGAGGUUACACACUUCAUCCACAAAAAAUCGAUUUACCUAUGGACGAUAUUAUUGCAGUUAUGAAAGAAAUUGGUAGAUUUCAUGCCAAAGGAUACGUCAUGAAGGAACAACAACCAGAUAAAUUUUUUAAAAUAAUCAAUGAUAUUCAAGAAUGUCGAUACGAUGAAAACGAUAAAGAAACGUUUCAUCAUUUUAAUUAUUUAAUUAAUUUCGUUAGUCACAGACCUGUCGCAUAUUUACGUGAACAUAAUUAUGAUCGAAAUGUUUGUGAUAAACUCGAGAAAUUCUUUAAAAACGCUUAUGAUAAUAUCACGUUGAAAACUAUAAAACCCGUUGAACCAUUGGCCGUAUUUUGUCACGGUGAUUUUACUAUUAACAAUAUGUUAUUUAACAAAACCGAAAGGGAAGCUCCAGUAUUGCUAAUUGAUUUUGCCUUAAUUCGAUACGGUUCACCGACGAUCGAUCUUUCCACGUUUCUCUGUCUCUCUUGUAUCAAUCAAGUGAAAUGCAAUAAUAUAUCAAUGGUUUUACGAGCUUAUCAUGACGAAUUGACGAGAUAUCUUAAAGAAAAUGGUUUAACAAAUUUAGAUAAAUACUCAUAUGAAGCUUUCUAUAAUGAUUACGUCGAGAAUGUUCUUUUUGGUUUCAUUAUAGCAACAUUUUUCUUACACAUGCUUGUAAACAAAGAUUUUCCAAAGAUACCCGUUCUCUUGGAUAAAAGUAUAGAAGAAAUUUCAGACCUAGUAUUUGUAUCAGGUGGUGAUAAUGUUUCCAAAUUAUUGGCAGACUUAUUACUCGAUUUAAAAGAAAUUGGAUGCUUUAAUCAUGUUUUGUGAUGAUUUUAUCAUCAAUUGCCAUGAAAAAUGAAAUAUCUAAUAAGUUGAUAAAUUAACACAAUAAAUGCAUGUCAUCUGUUAAA